CUCACUCAGUCCAGUCCAGUCCAGUCCAGUAGACAAAGUGAAGGACUGCACCUGCUCCAAGUCAGAGGACAACAUGCAGAACAUGAGCUCUCCAGGAGGGCGACUCCUCUCUGAGGAUCAGUUCAGCUGCUCCAUCUGUCUGGAGGUGUUUGUGGAGCCCGUCUCCACACCUUGCGGCCACAGCUUCUGUAAGGCCUGUCUGCAGGGCUACUGGAACCACAGCAAGAAAAUCACCUGCCCCAUGUGUAAGAAGAGCUACUCCAGGAAGCCUGAGAUGAGCGUCAACAGGGUGCUGGCAGAAAUCUCCUCCCAGUUCCAGGGGCUGAUGAUGUCAGGAGGUGCUUUUGGAGACGGAGGUGCCAUGGCCUCACCCACUGCCACCUCCUCACGAGGAUCCACUCUGAAUCUGAACUCAGAGCCCGGAUCUCCAGGGCCAGACACCGGGCAGUUUGCCCGUCCUGGAGAGGUUCCCUGUGACGCCUGCAUUGGGAGGAAGUUAAAGGCACACAAGUCCUGUGUGAACUGCCCUGGAUCAUUCUGUGAGACUCACCUACGCCACCAUAAAAAGGUAAAGUCCUUGACGUCUCAUCGUCUGAUUGAACCCACCUUCCACCUGGAGGAGAAGAUCUGUAAGAAACACGAGCGCCUCCUGGAGGUCUACUGCCGCAAUGACCACAUCUGCAUCUGCACGGCCUGCGCUGAAGCCACACAUAAGUCCCACGAAAUUGUCUCCACGGACCACGAGUGGAAGAAGAAAGUGAGUGCUUUGGGAAAGAGGCGAUCUGAGCUGAAGCAUUUGAUCAAGGAGCGGGCCAAGAAGCUGGACGAGAUCAAACAGUCCAUCAGAGUCAUCAAGGCCAGUGCUCAGAGGGAGCUGGAGGAGAGUUGGCAGGUGUACGCUGAGCUGCAGCGCCUGGUGGAGCAGAGUCAAGCAGAGCUGGUGGAGCUGAUUGCCACUAGGCAGCGGGAGGCCGAGCGGCACGCUCAGGAGAUGGCUCGGGGUCUGGAGAACGAACUGAGCCAGCUGAAGAGGAGGAGCAACGAGCUGGACGCCCACGCCCAAAACCAGGACAAGAUCAUCUUCCUGCAGAACAUUUGCACACUGUCACCGCCGCCUGAGAGUGCUGAUUGGUCGGCGGUCAGCAUCAACACUGACCUUUAUCUGGGGACCAUCCGCACGUCCGUCAGCAGCCUGAUCGAAAAGUUCCAGGAGGAGCUCAAAAGACUGUAUGGAAAAGAACUGCGUAAGGUCCAAAACUACUCCAGUGAGGUGAUUCUAGACUCUUCCACAGCUCAGAGACACCUGGUUGUGUCUGAAGAUGGUCGCCAGGUAAAAUAUGAAGAACGUAAGAUCCCCCACACCGAAGGACCAAAGCGAUUCAGUCCGGCCCUCUUUGUCCUGGGCCGAGAAGGACUCACCUCGGGACGCCACUAUUGGGAAGUUGACGUAGGACGUAAGACAGCCUGGACGCUGGGAGUGUGCCGUGCUUCGGUGCGCCGCAAGGGGGAGAUCAAGCUGAGUCCAGAGGGAGGAUUCUGGUGCCUGUGGCUGAAGAACGGGGAGGUGAAGGCUCUGGCGUCGCCACGCCUGCCGCUAAUGCUACCAUCUCCACCAACUAAAGUAGGAAUCUUCCUGGACUACGAGGGAGGCCAGAUUUCUUUCUACGACGCCAAGGCACGUCUGCAUCUGUAUUCAUUUACUGACAGCUUCAACGAGAGCUUAUACCCAAUCUUUAGCCCGUGUCUAAAUCAGGAGGGCAAGAACUCUUGUCCUCUUAUUAUCGCAACCGUAAAAAGCACCUAAAAUAUUAGGCCAUCUGGUUACUGCCUUUACCUUAAUACAAGAAGGUUCCAUAAAAAUACAUACAGGUACCUGACAGUUUAUAUUAAACUUGUUUAAAAUCCAGCGUGUAAAAUAAUUCAUACUGUAUUUUCAGGUCUAUACAUGAUACAACAGUGUAAGUUACAUGAAGUGGAAAAAACAUUCAACCAUCCAGGUCGAUAAGUCAUAUAUAUUUUUGAAAGUUUCAUCUAAUAAAAAUGCAAAAAUAAAUGUUUAAUCUUAAAAGAUUAUUUAUUUUAACAAUACCAUAUAGCAAGUGACCAUUACCAGACAGGGGAAUAAAACGUUUUAGUUUUUCCAGUAGCGUUAGUCUGCAUGUUAUUUUUAUUAUUAUUUUCAAAAGAAUUACUUCUGUCCGCCCUUCUAUAUAAAUCAAACUGUAAACAAUGAAAUGGAAGUGCAUAAUAAUAUACAUAUGAUAUGAUUGUUGUGAACAUAGGCCUAAUAUAUUAUAUGACAGGCUAGCAACUUAGCCUCACUGAAUCUGUUCAUUGUCACUCUGUGUCACUUCCAAAUCCCUAACAGCAUCAGCAGCACACUUUAUACUCUCUGCACUCUGCAAGCUAGUCUAUAUGGUCAUUUCAAUGCUGCAGUGGAAGGCUUCAGCUGUCAUGACUGUAGACUAUGCCCUCUUGUGGCCAUAUGGCAUGGUUUAUAUUUUUGAUUGAUAUACAAGUCACUUUGGAAAACAAGUAGCAGUAACAGCCAACUACAAAAAAUGUAUCUUAUAGUCCUGAAAAUACAGUAACAACAUGUACAUUAAUGGAAUCUUGAUGGAGACAAAGACUAAAAAUGAGUCCAGUGGUUAAGACUGGGGAAACACAGCAGAAUCUGCUCACUCAUCUAGUUUCUUUUUUGUUGUUUUUAUGCCAAGUUACUGUCAUAUUCUAGUAAACCUCAGGACUUGUGACCUAACAAGUGUGACAAUUCAACUUUACACAAACUUUACUCAUGUUGCUAGUCAAAUGCUCGUUCAGCAUCAGCAACAACAGACGUCACUGUAGCUCACUGUCACGACACAUUUGACUAGACAUUGGUGUUAACAGCAGGGCCACAACUGGUUUAUCUGGUUUAACUCUUCGGUGUGGGAAAGAAAAGCUGUUCUACAUGUACAUUAGCAUAAUGCUAAGGCUUUGACCAAUGACAACCAAGCCUGUGUUUACUUUAAAAAAACACACCGAGUAUUUGAUUACACCCCUGUUAUUUAAUCCACUGAGAUGUCUCAUACUGGCUCCAACAAGCAAGGAAUCUGUUCAAUCAAGUAAAAUGUUCUUCAAUGACUUUGUAUCGACUGACUUAAUACUUUGGAAAGUUGGUUAGUUACCAUUUUGGUUAGCCUAUACCAAUCCUAGGCAGUUUAAAAUUGUAAAUAAAAAGAAAUGAAGGAUAAUAUGGUAUGGAAAACCAUGAAGAAGUGGAAUAAACUACUGUAAAAGAAAGUAGUUCGUCCCACAAUAGGGAAAUUUACAAUUACUUUAAUUGAUGAUGAUUGUUUUAUGCAUCAGCGGUUUUGGUUGGACAUGUUUAUUUUUGGCACUUUCCUUUACAUGUGUUAGAUUUGUAGGACAUAUUGAACGCAAGUGAAUUGUUGAACCGGGAUAGCUUUAAGAAAUUUAACUCCAAAUGUAAUGUUUUUUAUUAUAUGUUUACUUUUGUACAUUCUUUUUGAAUUUGUUUCAAUAAAUAUGAUUGAUCCCAAUUAAUCUUUUAGUUGUUUUUUUACUGACUUUAUCAACAACACUGUGAUUAUACCAGACCUACCAUUUAGCAUAGAAAUGGCUUCAUAUUUAGGCUACUGUACAUAUAUCAAUUCAAUAAAUGUGCUUGCUAGCUGUCGCACUAUCAAACAUAAUAGAAACAGUCUUAAGCUAGCUUCUGUGAUUGCCAUUGGUGUCAAUCACAAAAAUGUCAGACCAUGGUUUUAACUGACUAGUCACUGAACAGAAAC